AAUCACACAGUUAAGCCGCGUUGCUACUAAGCGUUUUCGACAUUCUCACAAUGGCGAGGUAGUGGAAAGAAUGGGUUGGCUACGCGUCUCUGGGCGAAGAAGAAACCAUACAUUUUGUUGAAGGUCGCAGUUUUUUGUCAUUUAUUGAUAGCGACGGAAUGCUUGCUGAUUAGUAGGGCCACAUGAAGAGAGGAGUAUACGUUCAGGUGGUGGGUUUAUGGAGACUGCUACGUAUGCAGCAGCCAGCUUACAUCGGGACCAAAAGAGGGUUGGAGAAGAAAGAGGCUUUCCUACCAUGAGAGCGAGUUAACCCCGUUUUUUUUUAUGAGGGAGAAACAAUUGAACCAAUAUUGCUUUACAAAGACGCUGUGUUGGCAACAGCGAGAAUAGGCUACGAGGCAAAUCGGAGUUGGGUCAAGUUUUGGGGAAUGGCAGGUCGAAGCCGAAGAGCAUGGUUUAGUGUUCUGUUGGGGCUGGUUGUCGGGUUCACCCUGGCUUCCAGACUCAUAUUACCGAAGGCUACGGAGUUGAAGAAAUCCGGUCAGAAACGCAAGGCGAACCCAGCCGGUUGCGGGUUGAACGGGGGUCUGAGGAGAGAAUUCGGUGGGAUAUUAUGGCCCCCGCAAGAUAACGGAUUUUCGGCGACCGAGAAGCCAGUUCCGAGGUCCAACAAUUUCCUUUACGUCGGCGUCAUGACUGCCCAGAAGUACCUGAAUAACCGCGCCAUCGCGGCACAUAGAACGUGGGCUCAGACCAUCCCGGGCCAUGUGGAGUUCUUCUCCAGCGAGGGUUCGGACACCACCAUCCCCAUCCCCAUCGUGGCGCUGCACAACGUGGACGACUCCUACCCACCGCAGAAGAAGUCCUUCAUGAUGCUCAAGUACAUGCACGAUCACUACCUAGACCAAUAUGAGUGGUUCAUGCGGGCCGACGAUGAUGUGUACAUCAAGAGCGAGCGCCUGGAGGGCUUCCUGCGCUCGCUCAACAGCAGCGAGGCCCUCUUCCUGGGCCAGACGGGCAUGGGCGCCCGCGACGAGCUGGGCAAGCUGGCGCUGGAGCCCGGUGAGAACUUCUGCAUGGGUGGCCCCGGCGUGAUCAUGAGCCGUGAGGUGCUGCGCCGGAUGGUUCCUCACAUCGGCCAGUGCCUGCAGGAGAUGUACACCACGCAUGAAGACGUUGAGGUGGGCCGCUGCGUGCGGAGGUUUGCCGGCGUGCAGUGUGUCUGGUCCUACGAGAUGCAGCAGCUGUUCUACGAGAACUACGAGCCCAACAAGAAGGGAUACAUCCGCGACCUCCACAAUAGCAAGAUCCACCGGGCCAUCACCCUGCACCCCAACAAGAACCCGCCCUACCAGUACCGCCUGCACAGCUACAUGCUCAGCCGCAAGAUCGCCCAGCUCCGCCACCGCACCGUCCAGCUCCACCGUGAGAUCGUGCAGAUGUGCCGCUACGGGGCGGCCGAGCCCAGCCGAGAGGACCUGCAGCUGGGCAUGCCUCCAUCCUUCAUGAGGUUCCACCCUCGGCUCCGCGAGGAGGUCCUGGAGUGGGAGUUCCUGACGGGCAAGUACCUGUUCUCCUCGUCUGACGGCCAACCCCCCCGCCGGGGAAUGGACUCCUCCCAGCAUCUGGCCCUGGAUGACAUCAUCAUGCAGGUGAUGGAGAUGAUUAACGCCAAUGCCAAGACGCGGGGACGAGUGAUCGACUUCAAGGAGAUCCAGUACGGCUACAGGCGGGUCAACCCCAUGUACGGGGCGGAGUACGUGCUGGACCUGUUGCUCCUCUACAAGAAGCACAAAGGGAAGACCAUGACGGUGCCGGUGAGGAGACAUGCCUACCUCCAGCAGACCUUCAGCCAGAUCCAGUUCAGAGAGGAAGAGGAGAUGGACGACAAGGCUCUCGCCAGCAGCAUCAACCAGGACUCUGACUCCCUGUCCUUCCUCUCCAACUCCCUCAAGAUGUUCGUGCCCUUCAAGCUGUCCAGCUCUAGCCAGGACCAGAAGGAGCCAAAGGAGCCUAAGGUCAACAUACUGGUGCCGCUAUCCGGACGCUACGACAUCUUUGUCCGCUUCAUGACCAAUUUAGAACGGGUGUGCCUGAUCCCCAACCAGAACGUCAAGCUGCUCAUCCUCCUCUUCAGCACCGACAACAACACAGAGCGGGUCAAGCAGGUGGAACUGAUGAGGGAGUACCACAUCAAGUACCCCCGUGCCGAGAUGGAGAUCCAGCCCGUGUCGGGCUCCUUCUCCCGGGCCUUGGCUCUGGAGGUGGGCUCGGCCCACUUCUCCAACGACUCGCUGCUCUUCUAUUGCGACGUGGACCUGCUUUUCACAACCGACUUCCUCAAGAGGUGCCGGAGUAACACGGUCCUGGGGGAGCAGACCUACUUCCCUAUCAUCUUCAGUCAGUACGACCCCAAGGUGGUUUACGCCGGUAAGGUGCCCAGUGAGAACCACUAUGUGUUCACCGCCAAGACGGGUCUGUGGCGUCACUACGGCUUCGGCAUUGUCUGUGUUUACAAGGGCGACCUGGUCGGGGCCGGGGGCUUCGACACCUCCAUCCAAGGGUGGGGUUUGGAGGACGUGGACCUCUUUAACAAGUUUGUCCAAUCAGGGAUCCGGUUGUUCCGGAGCACGGACCCGGGGAUCAUACACGUUCACCAUCCAGUAGUGUGCGACCCCAACCUGGAGCCCAACCAGUACAAGAUGUGCCUGGGCUCCAAAGCCUCGUCGCACGGCUCGACACAGCAGCUGGCUGAACUGUGGCUCGAGAAGAACGACCACGGCUUCCGGAAGGUCGGGAGCUCAAAUAACGAAUCCCUCAGGACAGCGUGAGAAAGCACUCUGGCCAGGACUGACAAAAGCAGUAUGUGGAGUCCCCCAGGCCUGGGUGUCUUUCCUGGGGAGUCCCCCAGGCCUGGGUGUCUUUCCUGGGGAGUCCCCCAGGCCUGGGUGUCUUUCACUCUUCCCAUUUGUCUUAGCAGCAUUUUUAACUACCUAAUUUAUUUUUUACAGAAACAAAAAAGACUUGGAUAUAUUUUGGAAAUCUGCUUUUUUAAAAGAAAACACGUGAACGUUGAACUGACUGAGACAAACGUGACUGUAGGAGAUGUUUUCAUUAAUAGUGAAAAAUAAAGCAUCUCGAUGAGGAAUAUUCCUUUGGAUGAACCUACCAUAACUCUGGACGCAAGAACAACGUGCUCUGAUGUCUUAUUCUACCAGUCUAGUAAUAAAGACCAUUCUGUGUUAUUUCUACAGUAACCUUGUCUCCAGGUUGUUGCACAUAUAAGCCUGGGAUUUCAACAAUUCAAAGUUUGCCUUAGUGGGAGUGACCAUAGAAUUCUAUGGCAGUGACCUACUGAGUCAAGUACCUGUCAUCAUUUCAUUUGAGCAAAUCACACGACUGUGAGGCGUGUUAUGGGAGAUGAUUGGUUGGUAGAUUAAGCCAAUGCGCCAGGAGUUUCUCACAGUCAUUCUGUAUUGACUAACGAAGGCCAAGUUUGAUGCGUUGGUCCACCAGACUCUUCCCAUUUGGGCGAAAGUGUCUGGGAACUACAUGAUCUAUAAAGAGAGUAUGGGGGGAUGUGGUGAUAUUCGGGGUUAUAUUAUGUGUACCUCAGUGAUGUGCAUGUACAAGCUCUUUAAAAGGUGUAGCGUUUGUCUUGUGCGUGGAGAAGAUGGGUGUUGUCAUCUUCACAGACCAGCAGUGCUCUAAAUGGAACUGUACUCUUGAUUGUGAAUGUUUACAGCAGGUUGAUAUGAACAAACAUUUCAUCAUUGAAGAAGGUUGACUUAGAUGAAAAGCAAUUUGAAUUAAGACUAAAGGACCAUUUUGAUUCCUUUUGAUUUGUUUAUAGUACAGAAUAACACUGUUGUUUUUUUCAAUUGAUUUUAGAUUUUCUUUUUAUUUACUUCUGUGAACACAACUGCUGGAUUUAAUAUCUGCAAUUCAUCCUCCGCUGUCUAAUUUAUUGAAUUUGCAGUCUCCAUUCUGUGUUACCUGACUGUUGGAAUAUGUAUAUUAGGAAAAUUGUA